AUUCUUUCUUGUUUGCUCCGCUUGUUCCUUGCAUUGAAUUUUGAGCGGGUCAGCACAAAUCUGAAUGACGCGAGGCGACAAACCGAGUCAUCGCUUUCGACGGCGACCAACAGCAGGCGACCAGCCAUUGACAACCCACAGCAACGCGCGUCGUCGUCGUAGCAUCACCAACAUUAGCAGCAUCAGCAUGAUGCUCAGCAAGUAUGGCGGGAUGGCGACCAUGCUGAUGGCGAUGCUCACCACGUUGUCGGUCGUGACUGCGAUGGGGCCACUGCGGGUCGCCGCGCUCUCGUCGAACGGAGCGCAUCCUGCUGCCGAUGCCGCUGCUCUGGGGCCUGCGGGAGUUGUGCAGACCAUCCACGAUGCCGCUGGCGACGUGGUGGCGGGCCAGCACGAGUGGCUGCGGCCGCGGCUGCUGGCCGACAAUACAGCACCGCUCGCCGCUACUUCUUCGAGUGCCGACAACGCGCCGAGCAUUGCCGACAGCACGGGUGAUCCGGGCGAGGCGUGCUUCCUGAACGGCACUGAGCACGAGUGCAACUUUGAGCCGCAGCUGUUCUGCCAGGACCGCGACUACGGCGCCGGCGUCGGCGUCUGCACGCACAAGUCCAUCUUCAGUCCGUUCGCCUUCCUCGACUUCCUGCUCUGCUUCCUGUGCUUCUUUGGCUCGAGUCUCGCAGUCAUCGGCGGUGUCGGUGGCGGCGGUCUCUUUGUCCCGCUCCUGAUGAUCAUUACUCAUUUCAAGGCAGACCAGGCAGUGCCAAUUUCGAGCACAAUGAUCACCGCUGCAGCAAUCAUGUCGCUGCUCUUUGAAAUUCGCGCAAAGCGACCGAACGGGCGGCCUGUGAUUGACUAUGACGUCUCGUUCUUGCUGCAACCGGUCUGCUUGGCCGGAACAACGCUGGGCGUCUUCCUCAACGUGCUGCUGCCAGGGUGGAUGAUUAUCCUCGCGCUGCUGGUCAUUCUCGUAUAUACGACCACCAAAACCAUGAAGAAGGGCAUCACCAUGUACAAAAAGGAGUCUCAGCAGCGUCGCGCGCUUGCCAAUGGCGGCACGAGCGCAAACGUUGCUGCUUCUGCUCCUGCUGCUGCUCCUCUCCAGAAGCUGAACAAACGCCACCACAAGCACCAAGACAAGGAGUCGCUGGUUGCCUCCACAGACACUUCCGCAGAGCAGCUGUCAGUGAACAUGGAUGAUUCGGAUCUCAGCGACUCUGAGGACGCCGGCCGUAUCCAACUCUCCCAGCCGGUUCCGUCCGAGGCAGAGCUGCCGAGCAAGGACCAGGUCCUGUACCAGCGUCAGCUCGAUCAGGAGCUGCGAUUCCCAACGACCCAAAUCCUUGGCAUGAUUGCCAUGUGGCUGAUUGUGUUGGCAUGCUCCACAAUCAAACGCUUUGUGUCAAAGUGCUCGGCUGAGUUCUGGAUUGUGGCAUUCCUGCCGCUGCCCAUUGCCAUCCUCGUCACGCUGUGGUAUGGCCGCCGUCUUCGCGACGCCUUCGAGCUCAAGCAGCGCUGCGGGCACCAGUUUGAGCCGACCGACUUUGUCUUCAACCGCCGCAACACGAUCGUCUAUCCCUUGCUCUCAUUCGGAGGCGGGCUUGCAGGAGGAAUGGUUGGUGUCGGCGGCGCAAUGGUUAUUGGUCCGCUGUUGUUGAACAUGGCCGUCCAGACGCCCGAUCCGUCUGUCACAACUGCCAUCUCCAACCUGCUCGUCGUCUUUACGGCGGCAUCGACGGUCAUUCAGUUUGUCAUUCUCAACACGCUCGUGUACGACUAUGCAUUGUUUUUGAGCGCCUUCACGCUGAUGGCGUCCGUGCUUUCCAAGAAGGUGCUCAAGCCGUGGUUUGACAACAAGGGACGCAAAUCCUUUGUGGUAUUUGCCCUUGUCCUCAGCAUCUCGCUGAGCGGCAUCCUCACUGCCAUCGAGGGCAUCUUGAAAGUCGCGCAUGUUGGCUUUGUCACGACGCUUGACACGGAAACGUUGUGUAACUAGUGCUAUUUCUCUUGAAUAGUUGCUCCAUGAGUGUUGUGUGUGUCAAUGUUGUUGUACUUCUCAAGAAUACAAAAACAAAAGUCGUCAUCCCGC